CUCACUGGAAUAUCACGCCGUAGACACGUGACAUGAUACCCCACCCAGUCACAUUAUACUGACACCGGGCAAAAACAAAAACAAAAUUAAGGGCCCAACGAUACAGGAGAGAAAACAAGCGGAACACUAAUCAUGCGAAUUGUUCAAAAUAGUCACACCAUAUUAAUUAUAUUCUGCCGCGCACAACAGCAAAAUUGCAGUGCAAAUAAUCUUACGGAGUUCUGUUAUGAAACAUUUCCAUAAACGCCAGGUAGUGUUUAUUCGGAUACUGUUGCAUCAAUUUUGGACUUUUUAUACUAUAUUUGAUGCGGAACAAUAGCUUCUUUUUAGGUUGGCGAUGUGCUGGCUGUACUCAAUGCUUCCAGAGAGUAUGCUCUGGCCUUUUAAUUUUUAUAGAUAAUAAUUGGAACCUUUCAACUGGGUACUACUGCCCAGGUAUAAGUAGGAAAUAUUAAAUUCAUUGGACAAUAUGAUUCUUCUACCACCAUUUAAAUUGGAACUACCGUUUCGGUUUUAUAAAACAUUGAGGUCAAUGACUGAAUAUGGUUGACAAAAAGUCGGAGGACACUGACGAGGGCAGAUUGACGGGGCCAGAUGUUGAUCGUGGACACGCCUGGGUUGUUCUUGCUGGAUGUUUCACAAUAUACUGGCUUAUCAUCGGGACUGUGAAAUCUUACGGAAUUCUGUACACAGAAAUGGUGUCAUAUUAUGGCACGGGAUCAGGAAACACAGCCUGGAUUGGAAGCCUGAUUUUAUUACUUAUGCUUGGAAUGUCACCAGUUUCAAACCUUUUGAGCAAGACGUAUUCGUUCAGAAAAAUAACAUUCAUUGGCGGUGUGUUAAUGGGGAUUGGAUAUUUCCUGUCAGGAUUCGUGGCAAGAAUGGAGAUCCUGUACCUUACCCUCGGACUUUGUGGCGGUCUUGGAUAUGGUUUUAUCUUUGCUCCAACUUCCACUAUAAUCAGUUAUUACUUCGAGCAUCACAGGGCACUUGCUAAUGGGAUCAUGGUGUCUGGCAGUGGUGUAGGUGCACUGACCCAUCCAUUCAUAUACAGAUUUCUUGUGGAUACAUAUAGCCUACCUGGAGCAUUCUGGAUAUUAGGUGCCUUCCUGGCGAACGUGUGUGUUGCAGCGUGUUUGCUCCGGCAACCACCUUUUCUUCUUCAUGAAAUACAACAAACCAAAGAUCCGCAGCAUGACCCACAAGAGCAAGCGUAUUUACUUGAUAGAACAGAAGUUGACAGCCCACAGAAAUCUAACAACUGUUUAAAAUGCGGGCGGUUGAAUUUUCAGUUUUCCUUGUUCAAAAAUCCACGAUUUACCAUGUAUUGUGUUGCAUUUAUCCUAUGUAUGAACGGCUACGGAAACAAUCUUAUUCUUAUCCCAGCGCAAAUUAAAGCCCUAGGAUAUGACAAUCUACAUGCAGGGUAUGGAGUAAAUAUAAUGGGCAUCUGUGAAGUUGUAGCGAGACUGUUCUUUGGGUGGCUGGCCGAUCAAGAGUGGGUGUCACGGAGACAUUUAUUUCUUUUAAGCAUGUUUACUGCUUGUGUAUUUUCGUUCAUUGCUCCCAUGUUUAAUAGCUUUCUGUUUAUGGCAAUUUAUGCUGGAAUCAUUGGAACAUUUCCGGGUUCUUUCUGGAGCUUGUUAUCUGUUCUUAUCAUAGAUGUUGUUGGAAUGGACAAUUUUACCUCAGCAUAUGGCUUGCUCAUGCUUUGUUUGGCAGUUGGAGUAAUUGUCAGUCAACCAUGUGUCGGUUGGCUUGAAGACUAUACUGGUAACUGGAGUGCAUCUUUUAUACUGACAGCCUGUCUGUUCCUUUUGGGGGGUUUACUUGUUUCAUUAGAACCGCUAAUCAUACGAUAUUUCAGUAAAGCUGACACUGUAAACAAUGAUCAUGAAGAAAAUAAAUGUACUGGUAACAAUGUGACUGCAGUGGUUGCUCACACAGAUGAAACUGGUUCUUUAUUAGAUGAUGACGGUGCUGAAGUACAUUUCACUUCCGCUAGAAUCAGCAGAAUUUACAGACCAUAUGAUUUUGAAAAAGGUUUGAAAAGUCAACACACAUUCCCGGUGCCUACAGCUGACUUAGAGGAUAUAUAAGACGAUUUAUGUGAUAUUUAACUGAAAAUACUCAGGAAAUGAACUUUCACCAAGAAGUAUUCACACUCUCAAGUCUUGAAUGAAAUAAUUCACGGAGGGGCACCUGUGGUCUUCCUCCGCCAUUAAAGCUGGAAAGUCGCCAUAUGACCUAUCAUGUGUCGGUGCGACGUUAAAUUAAAAAAAAAUAAGAAUAGUUUUAAAGACCAAACUGAACCUUUUAUAUAUCCAGUAACUAAAUAAUAGUACAUAUAAUCAUUUAGAAAUGUUACUACAUUGAAUGUAAAUUUGACUUUUUUAUUUCGGAUUUAGACGUUACUACAUAUACAUACAUGCGCUGACUUCAUUUACCGUUGCUAAGCUAUAUUCAAGUUAGACAGUUUACCACGUAUUAGCAUAUUAAACUAGAAAAUGUCCUUUGGCAUUUCCAUAUGAAACGUUACUUUGAACAGCAUACUUUAUUGAUCUUGAUAUAUGGCAUUUUUUAGGUAGAGUCAACGCGUACAUGGGAAGUUAUUGUUUAAUAUGUGCGAAAUAUGUAAGAAAAACUCAUUGUACUUGAACAACGACUCCAUGUAGUUAUUAAACACUAAAUCAAAGGCCUGAAGGGCCUGAGAGUCGGCUAAUGAUUGAUGUACUGGUAGUAUAGUCUACCAGUUUCAGUUUGGUUUUAGUUUUUUUCCCCAACUGAACAGAGAUUUUGUUACAAUAGAUGAAAUGGACAUUCAAUCGAUGCCUAGUAAAACUUUGAUUGACAUUAUACAGGUAUUUAAACCCAAUAUAUUUCUCUAAAAUUGAAGAGUGGUUCGCAAAAAUAAAAAUGUUGAAAGUACAAACUACAAUUUGACAGGUGACACUAAGAUACUGCCCAUGACUAUAAAUGUUUUUCCAGUAAACAUUUGCCUCCGGCAUUACCAAAACAGGCAAUUAUCGGUUGGUAUAUAUUCGCACAUGAUAAAAUUUGAAUAUGAAAAUUUAUAUAUUGAAAUUUUAUAGCGCGGAUUGCCACAUACAAUUUGGAACGGAUGGACGAAAGAACUGUUCAGAUAUUUUACAGAUAAGGGGCCUGGCAAUAACCGUGUCACACGCUAGGUAUUGUUCAAUCAUAUUAUAAGGGAUGUGAAUUUAAAGUAUACUUACUUUUGCGUUUAAAGAUAUGUAAAUGUUGCUGAGUGUCAAUAUAUAGUGUCAUGAAUGUUUACACUGACAGGUAAAUUGCGCAUUCGAACCUAAGAGAAGUUACUCGGACUAGCUACCAAUUUCGGAAAAGAUAACCAAUAUUAAUAAAUGCAGUUCUUUUUUAGUUAAAACCAUCAUUUAUUCUAUUUCAGACUUGUUAACCCCUUCAAAACCAUGUCAGUAGUCCCCAAGUCUAUGUACUUUCAAUUAUCCGUUUUGAUUCAUGUAGACAAGACAGGCCCAGACUGGGCUGAAAAAAUGUUUGAGCCAUUUUUACGUGGUCGGUAGCAGGGUGGGUUUGGGGAAGGGUGUUCCUUCCCGCUUUGAACUGCAGUCAGAUUUUGAAAUGGGCAUUGUGGCAGGUGGUAAAAGGGCAAAUGUAUCAAACUGUAAAGUGGCAAUAUGGGGGGAGGGUGUGGGAGGAUACCCCCUCCUGCAAAUAGGGUUUGGGGUAUCACCACAAGGAAAUUUUGAAAAUGUAGACCCUUGAUACAGCCUUUGGUGCGAUUUCUAACUGAAAAUUUUAUGUUUCAAUUUCUAAAUAUUACCUCUAGAUUCUUUUUAGUAUUACAAUAUUGAAAGUAUGAAUGACUGUCACUUCAUAAUUUUACUUUCAGGUCAUGCCUCAGCACUAGAAUAUAAGUCUGAUAUUGAUUCUAUGUAUGUAUUAUAAAAAUAAAUUCUAGAAUCAUU